GCUUCGCAGUUUCCUCUCCUUGUUUUGCUUUCGAUCUGGACUGUUCUCAGGCAAGCCGGGGAGUAACUUUUAGUUUUGCUCCUGCGAUUAUUCAACUGACGGGCUUUCAUUUCCAUUUCACACACCCUAGCAACACUUAAGCCUUGCGGAAUUGUAUUGGUAGCGUGAAAAAAGCACUCUGAGAGAAGGACACCAUGCCGGUGGAAAGGAUGCGUAUGCGCCCAUGGCUGGAAGAACAGAUCAACUCAAAUAUGAUACCAGGGCUGAAGUGGCUUAGCAAGGAAAAGAAGAUUUUUCAGAUCCCCUGGAUGCAUGCUGCUAGACAUGGGUGGGAUGUGGAAAAAGAUGCACCCCUCUUCAGAAACUGGGCCAUCCAUACAGGAAAGCAUCAACCAGGAAUAGAUAAACCCGACCCGAAAACGUGGAAGGCAAAUUUCCGAUGUGCCAUGAACUCCUUGCCUGACAUCGAGGAAGUCAAAGACAAAAGCAUAAAGAAAGGAAACAAUGCCUUCAGAGUCUACCGGAUGCUGCCCAUGUCUGAGCGACCUUCUAAGAAAGGAAAGAAACCAAAGACAGAAAAAGAAGACAGAGUGAAGCACAUCAAGCAAGAACCAAUUGAGUCACCUUUGGGGCUUAGUAACGGAGUAAGUGAUCUUUCUCCUGAGUAUGCGGUCCUGACUUCAACUAUAAAAACUGAAGUGGAUAGUACGGUGAACAUCAUAGUCGUAGGACAGUCACAUCUGGACGGCACCUAUGAGGAUCAAGAGAUUGUCACUAAUCCCCCGGACAUCUGCCAAGUUGUGGAGGUGACCACCGAGAGCGAUGAGCAGCCGGUCAGCAUGAGUGAGCUCUACCCGCUGCAGAUCUCCCCCGUGUCUUCCUACGCAGAAAGCGAAACUACCGAUAGCGUGCCCAGUGACGAAGAGAGCUCGGAGGGUCGGCCACACUGGCGGAAGAGGAACAUUGAAGGCAAACAGUACCUCAGCAACAUGGGGCCACGGAACACGUACCUGCUGCCCAGCAUGGCCACCUUCGUCACGUCCAACAAGCCCGACCUCCAGGUCACCAUCAAAGAGGAGAGCUGCCCCGUGCCUUACAACAGCUCCUGGCCCCCGUUCCCAGACCUCCCCCUCGCCCCCUCCAUGAGCCCCACGCCCAGCAGCAGCCGCCCGGACCGGGAGACCCGGGCCAGCGUCAUCAAGAAGACGUCAGACAUCACCCAGGCCCGCGUCAAGAGCUAUUAAUAAGCCUGCGACUUCCCCUGGUGGUUGUCGGGGUUUCUUGGCUCUGUCUUUAUCGUUUGUUUGUAUUUUAUUUUUCUCUCUGACACCUGUUUUAGACGAAUCUUAAGGGAAAAAGCCUUGACAAAAUAGAACAUUGAUUGCUGUGUCCAACUCCAGUACUGGAGCUUCUUUUUAACUCAGGACUCCAGCUUCGUGGUAGACGCGUUAUCUCUAGAGCCUGCUGGAUCUCCCAGGGCUGCUCCCUCAAGUUCAAGGACGUCAUAGGACCAACCCCCAUACGGGCAGUGAGGUGCUGCGUUGCCCGUGGUCAAGGCCAGCAUGGUGGAAUGGAUGCCUCCACAUGGAGGAGAAAAUGUGAACUAGCUGGAAUUUUUUAUUCUUGUGAAUAUGUACAUAGGGCAGUACUAGCGACGUUGCAGUCUGCUUCUGCACCUUAUCUUAAAAGCACUUACAGAUAGACCUUCUUGUGAUCCUGCUCUGUUUCACAGCACAGUCAGCACCCCCUUCCCUAGCCUUCUUCCCUCCUCCCCUCCCACCCCUGGCCCUUCAUCCCUUCCCUUCCCAUCUCUUUUCCUUCAUCCCCUCCCCUCCCCCCUCUCCCAUUCAUUUUCUUUCCUCCUCUUCCUCCCCUCAAAGGCCAUGUUCCACAUCCCUGAGGAGGAGAAGAAGACAAUGAACUUCUCCACCGAUGUCCCAUUUUAAAAGACUGCUUUAAAAAAAAAACAGCAAAAAAAAGAAAAUCUUUCUAAUCUGCUAUGCUUGAAUGCCACGCGGUACAAAGGAAAACUAUCAUGGAAAGAUUAUGCAAAUUCUCAGAUUUGAAGACAAAAAUACUCUAAUUCUAACCAGAGCAAGCUUUUUUAUUUUUUAUACAGGGGAAUAUUUUAUUCAAGGUAAAAUUCUAAAGAAAAUAUAAUUGUUUUUUAUCUUUUCUACAGCAAAUUUAUAAUUUUAAGAUUCCUUUUCUUGUUUAUCGGCAGUUAUUACAUCCUUGUGGCACAUUUUUUUUUUAAUUUUGUAAAGGUGAAAAGCUUUUAUGAGCUCAUGUAGCAAUCAAAUUAUCCUGUGGAUUGAUAAUAAAUGAAUAUGAUAUAUAGUUAAAUUUUUAAUAGG